AUGACAUUUGACCUGGAUCCUUCAUCUCUUUAUAAUAUAAAAGCACUCGCAAUUUUGGACCAAGAUGGCAAUCGAAUAUUAGCCAAGUAUUAUGAUCCCGAUGUUUUGCCAACAGUUAAAGACCAAAAAGCUUUCGAGAAGAAUUUAUUUCAGAAAACAAGCAAAGCGAACGCGGAGAUUAUUCUUCUUGAUGGUUUAAUUUGUGUUUAUCGAAGUAAUGUUGACUUAUUUUUCUAUGUCAUGGGAAGUUCGGAUGAAAAUGAGCUAAUACUUGUUGCUGCAUUGAAUUGUCUAUAUGAUUCAAUUUCAUUAAUUUUGCGAAAAAAUGUUGAAAAGAAAGCAUUGGUGGAAAAUAUGGAUUUAGCUAUGCUUAUUAUGGAUGAAAUUUGCGAUAACGGUAUUCUCCUAGAAACAGAACCACAAGCCAUAAUCAGUCGCUGUGCUUUACGUUCAGAUGAUUUGAUAUUUGGUGACCAAACUAUUUCUCAAGUUGGAAUGUCGGUAAGUUUAAUUGAAAAAGUGCAUGAGACAUUAUAG